GAGCUAGUUAGGCUAUCUGGCUGUACAGACAAGUAUCCUCAUGGUAGAUGAGAAGGGAAAGAACAUGAAAUGUCUCACCUUCUUCUUGAUGCUUCCAGAGACGGUCAAGAACAGAUCCAAGAAGAGCUCUAAGAAGGGGAAUAGCAGCAGCAGCAGCAGCAAAUUGCCUCCAGUUUGCUAUGAGAUCAUUACCUUGAAGACCAAAAAGAAGAAGAAGAUGGCUGCUGAUAUUUUUCCCCGAAAGAAGCCGGCCAACACGAAUACAACUGCUGUCCAGCAGUACCACCAGCAAAACCUCAAUAACAACAACACCAUCCCAGCACCUAACUGGCAAGGACUUUAUCCAACCAUCAGGGAGAGGAAUGCGGUGAUGUUCAACAACGACUUGAUGGCAGAUGUUCAUUUUGUGGUGGGGCCACCAGGCGCGACCCAGCGGCUGCCAGGACACAAAUAUGUCCUCGCUGUUGGGAGCUCUGUGUUCCAUGCAAUGUUUUACGGAGAGCUUGCUGAGGACAAAGAUGAGAUCCGUAUACCAGAUGUUGAGCCUGCUGCUUUUCUCGCUAUGCUGAAAUACAUAUACUGUGAUGAGAUCGACUUGGCGGCAGACACCGUGCUGGCCACGCUCUACGCUGCAAAGAAGUACAUCGUCCCUCACCUCGCCCGCGCCUGCGUCAACUUCCUCGAGACGAGCCUGAGCGCCAAGAACGCCUGCGUGCUGCUUUCCCAGAGCUGCUUGUUUGAGGAGCCCGACCUGACCCAGCGCUGCUGGGAAGUGAUUGAUGCCCAAGCCGAGCUGGCUUUGAAAUCCGAGGGAUUCUGCGACAUCGAUUUCCAGACGCUCGAAAGCAUCCUCCGAAGGGAGACUCUGAAUGCCAAAGAAAUCGUCGUUUUCGAAGCAGCUCUGAACUGGGCCGAAGUCGAGUGCCAGCGGCAAGAGCUGACGGCCACCAUCGAGAACAAGCGCAAGGUGCUCGGGAAGGCGCUCUACCUGAUCCGCAUCCCCGCCAUGGCGCUCGACGACUUCGCCAACGGCGCCGCGCAGUCGGGCAUUCUGACCCUCAACGAGACCAACGACAUCUUCCUGUGGUACACGGCGGCCAAGAAGCCGGAGCUGCAGUUCGUGAGCAAGCCCCGGAAGGGCCUCGUUCCGCAGCGAUGCCACCGCUUCCAGUCCUGCGCCUACCGCAGCAACCAGUGGCGCUACCGGGGCCGAUGCGACAGCAUUCAGUUUGCUGUUGACAAGAGGGUGUUCAUCGCUGGCUUCGGCCUGUACGGCUCCAGCUGCGGCUCGGCAGAGUACAGCGCCAAGAUCGAACUCAAGCGGCAAGGAGUUAUACUAGGCCAGAACCUGAGUAAAUAUUUCUCGGAUGGUUCUAGUAACACUUUCCCCGUGUGGUUUGAAUACCCGGUGCAGAUUGAGCCUGACACCUUUUACACAGCUAGCGUGAUUCUGGACGGCAACGAACUAAGUUAUUUCGGACAAGAAGGAAUGACAGAAGUUCAGUGCGGGAAAGUGACGGUUCAGUUUCAGUGCUCCUCAGACAGUACCAAUGGCACUGGCGUGCAGGGCGGGCAGAUUCCCGAGCUCAUAUUUUAUGCUUGAGCAAAACUGUGUGGAGAAGCAGCUUUUGGCGACGAGGAAC